CCUAGUUUGGAAAACAAAAACAAGCAUCCCUUAUUGGUAGCCUAAUUGUGGGUUAAAUAAAUAGUAUUUAAUCAAGAAAAGGAUUAGAUUAUGAAAGAGGAAGUGCAGCAGUGAGGAGGAGGAUAACAAGAGAGGAGCAUGAGGGAAGAGGGGGACGAGAGGAGAAAGGAGAACGGAGUCAGUGUGUUUCGUGACUGAACUGCAGCACAGCGCAUUAAUUCCUGACUGCACUUGAGGAACACACACAGCUCCACUUUGCCGCCUGAGCAUUCAUGACAGUGCCCGCAGUGAAAUCAUGGUGCUUGGCAUUGCUAAGCUGCAGCAUGCUGCUCUCCCCCACUGUGACUGCGUACUCAGCUGAGUCAGACAAGGGCAGAAGGAAAGUAGUGCAUGUGCUGGAGGAUGAUACUGGAGCAGUGAUAGUACAGACGGCUCCUGGUAAAGUAGUCACACAUCGAGGUGGCACCAUCACUCUGCCUUGCCGCUUCCACCAUGAGCCCGAGAGUGUGGAUCCAGACCGCAUCCGCAUCAAAUGGACAAAGGUGACAGACGAUUUCCAGUUUGAGGAUGUGUUUGUGGCACUGGGCUGGCAGCAGCGGACAUUCGGGCUCUACCGUGGCCGUGUGGAACUGGAGCAGGCAGGACCGGGAGACGCCUCCAUCAUCAUCCAGAACAUCACGCUGCAGGACUAUGGCCGCUACGAGUGUGAGGUCACCAACGACAUGGAGGAUGACACUGGAUUUGUCAAUCUAGACCUUGAAGGUGUUGUCUUUCCGUACUACCCUCGACUGGGCCGCUACAAGCUAAACUACCACGAAGCUGAAGAUGCGUGCAAGCAACAGGAUGCCAUCUUGGCCUCUCACGCCCAGCUGCACAAAGCCUGGCGGGACGGUUUAGACUGGUGCAAUGCGGGCUGGUUGGAGGAUGGCUCAGUGCAGUAUCCCAUCUCUCAUCCUCGUGAUGAGUGCGGCCGUAAAGACACUCCUGCCGGCGUUCGCAACUACGGCUACCGCCACAAAGAGGACGAGCGCUACGAUGCCUUCUGCUUCACCUCGAAACUCAAUGGUCAGGUGUACUUCCUCAAGCGCUUCAAGAAGGUGAAUUAUGCUGAGGCAGUGAAGGCGUGUCAGCGUGAUGGUGCAGUGUUGGCUAAGGUGGGUCAGCUCUAUGCAGCCUGGAAGUUCCAGCUGCUGGACCGCUGUGAUGCAGGCUGGGUGGAUGACAGCAGCGUGCGCUACCCCAUUGUUAACCCUCGUGCACGCUGCGGAGGCUCUGAUCCCGGUGUCCGAACCCUCGGCUUCCCUGAUAAAAAGUUCCGCCUCUACGGGGCCUACUGCUUCCGCCAGGAUUCAGGCAGCACCAAAGCCCAGUCCACACAGUCUCCAGUUCCAAACACCACAUCAUUCACCAGGAGCAUUUGAGGUUGCAGUUGCACUGCAUUACUAGCACAGCUUCAGUUGCUUUGCCAAAUUGACUGACGGAUAACGCUAUAUUAGUAGCUAUGCUAGCUGAAGGGUGCCUUUAAGCCAACAUUAUUUCCUUCGCUUGCCUGAAAUGAGAUGUCAGUCAUAUCUGAAAAGAAAAUUGCAGUCAUGUCCUUUACGACAUGCCAGCUAAACUCAUUAGUUUUUUUCUUUAGUCUGCUUCAUAUGUAGCAUGGACAGCUAAUGAGGAUUUAUUUUCUGUUGUUUAUUUAGUCGGAAGUACAGACACUGUCACUGUGUUAAUUAGAAUGGAAGUUGCUCAGCGAGCUAAUUUAGCUCACGUCAUAAUGAAUGCGGGCCAUUAGGCAGAGAACAUCCUGGCAUGGCAAUGAAGGUAGUGAGAAAAGUGAAGAGCUCUGCUUGGCAUGGCAUGCUCAUAGCGUGGCACUUCUUUUUGUUGUUGCACUCAGUAGCAGAAAUGAACAAGCCAUUUACUAAGCACACAAAAGCCAGCUGUGAAAACAGUGACUUUUUACAAGCAUCAUUUAGAUGACAGUAAUGCCCUGAUAGCAAUAACUCAAUACGCAUGUUUUUGGUAGUUGAACAUACCAGCGAGGGAGUUUCAUGUUGCUGCUGCUACCUCAUUAGUGGUCAGAAAAUUGCACUAUUUAUCAAACUGUGAUGUGGCACAAUAUUAC